GGCAAUAUCAUGAAAGUUCUUGCAGGACAGUGGAUCUAAUAUUAAUAUCUGUCUGGUAAAGAAGAAGUAUUUUUUUGCAAAAGCCGGGGCUCCUUUCCUGCUUGUAAUUUGGAAACAGGAGAUGGGAGAACGUGAGAGACGAAAUCCUAGCAAACACCACUAUCCUAAAUUGCCACACAUACAAGUUCCUUCAAGUGAAUGGGACUCAUUCUUGAUGAAGGGUUUGAACCCAGGACAAAAACGCUAUUUUUAUAGCAUCCUGAGCAUCUACGACAGCCGGGGGCAGCGAGAAGCCUUGUGCCGCUGCUACACGAUCAGCCUUCAGCGCCACAAUGCUCUGGGGCUCAUCACAAAGCAGCAAGUGAGAUAUUACGCUUCCUUCAUCAAAGAUUCAAAAUCCAGCCGAAGGUCGAAGCCAAGAAGAAGGUCUCCCACAAAGGCAGACGGCAGGAGAGCAAAGCUGCAUUCCUGUAAUCAAAUAUGAAUCAAAGGAGCCAGGGAGAACUCUCUCGCCCGGCGAGGGAAGAUGAAUCACGGUUUGGCAUUCGGGAAAAACGGGAUGCUUUGCCUUCUGUUGCUCCGAAUUUUGCAAAACAGCAACGGGCUGUUUAGGAAGAAGAGACUCAACCUGUUCACAAAGAGAUUCCAUCUUAACUCAUGGAUGAAACAGAGGGUCCUUGUGGAAGCUUGCCAGAUUCCCCUACUGUACCCCCCCUAAAACUGGCAUUAAAAC